GGGAAACUCUGGCAUCAAAACGCAGUCAAAGAAUGUUAUAAAAGUCGAAAACAUUGGAGUUGAAGGGGAUACAGUAAACCUCAACGAAUGCAAAGUUACUUUUCCGGAUGGAACAUUCAAUGAAACAACAAAGGUCUGGAUGUCACUUGGAUUGGACAAUUCAAUAUGCCCAGCACAAUACAUCGCAAUCACACCAGCUCUCGACAUCAGUGCAGAAUCAACAUUACGCAAAAGCGCAUUAGUACAAAUGAAGACAUGGCGUCUCGAGCUGAAUAAAGAGAAUGUUGACAUACUUCGCUUUACUAAUGACACUGACUGGAACAUUAUUAAACCUGAUCUAGUCACGCAUGACAGAACUAUAGAAUUUCGCUGUCAAGAGUUCAGUCGAGUACUUGCCGUUAUCAACGCUAUCAAACGAUGGUUUUCUGGCCCCCCUCCUCCAGUUCUCAAAGAAAACUUUCUUUAUAUCAUGGGUCACAAUCAAAUCUGCAUCACAUUUUUCAGUCUAAGUGAACUUGUAGAAAGAAGCAUAAUUACAUAUUACGAAAGCCGUGGUGCACAACCGGUACCAACAAGAUCCAACCAAGUGAUUUUAAGACAUGGAGACAAAAUUCAUCUCAAACUGCGAAUCGAAGGAGGGCCUGGAGACUGGCCUGGAGUUCAAUGAACCUAAUGGUCACAGAUUUUCCGUAGAUGAUGAUUUCUUAAUGGCAUCACGACAUGACUUUGAAUUUGAACUUCUCCCUAACUUGCAACAAUAUCCUCAAAUUGUCAUCAAAUGUGAAAUGGAGAAAAAUGAAGAUGAAAUUAAUAGAAAAGUUAUAAAAUUUACUUUCCCACUAAAACCUCCAGAACGCAGAGAACCUCCACCUAUCAACUUUGCUGGAGCAAAUAUUGGGAAUCUGCAUCUACCGGAAAGAGGAAAUCAGAACAAUCAGCAAAUGGGGCAAAAUGAACAAGAAGAAGCUGGUGCAGUAGGUGGAAACCAAGCUAUAGAAUAAACCAAUACAACAUGAAGGUGAUGACGAUGCCGAUGAUCUUGAGAAGUCUCCCAAACUGACCACAUUCUAAAGACAUUGCUAAGAUACAAAUGUUCCAUCAAAUGUUACUGUUACGUCGUAUAUUUAACAUUAAAUUUCUCCAAUAAUCUCAGACUGAAUGCUGAAUGAUCCUGUGGUAUCCUGCAACACAUUAUGGACAUGCAUAUGUAGUGAAGGGAUCAAAUAUUAGAAAUAUUAACUCUUGAAGACUAGAUAGUCUAGUCCAGUAAUAGUAGGAUUGAGCGAAAAAUUUUAUAAUUUUUUUUUGUGUGAAAUGCUGAUUUUGCAUAGGCUUGGAUUGUGAAAACAUAGUAAUUGACUCUUAGUCAUAUGCACCACCCUUCAGCAACGAUUUCGGCAAUUUAGGUCAUCCCUCACAAGAUUUGACCUCUUGAACUGACCUCAAAUCAUUUUGUAAAAUUCUGCACCAAAUUCUGAUUUGCAUGUUUUGUCAUACAAAUUCUUGUCAUUUCAUACUUUUUUUAUUAUUUUUUCCUAUUAGUUUUUAAAAUUAGGUUGGGUGCUGCAUUAAUGCUUUAGCUUCUAAUGUACUAUUUUUAGUGAGCCAUAACAAACUCACUUUAAGCUUUUCCAGAUAUCAUGUGUAUUGUUUUUAUGUCGCCCUCAUUCAGAAAUUUUUGUGUAAUUAUAAUUUUAUGGUAUGUCAACAACUUUCAUUAUUUAGGUCAGGUUUUGAGUUUUUUCUUAUAAUU